AUGCUCUAUCCAUAUACAGAUGAUUUCGUCGACUGUACUACUGUGUCUCAAAAAGCGAAAAAAGAAUUUGCAGAAGUAUUCCAUGAACGAUUACUCAUCGGCGAAUCGAACUAUGAUCCGAAGUCGCAUUUUAAUGGACAACAAUCGAAUGUAGCAGAAUUGCGACUGCCAUCAUCGUUACAGUCUUAUGCAGAUAAAAUUGGAAAGGUAUUUGAUAUGGUGAAAUUUAUCGAAAAUGAUUGGACACGUCAUGGUGAGCAUAAAUGUGUAUACAUGAGCUUGGCCGCUAUUCAUGAUUCACAAAUAAAAUCAACGUUACAACAUGCGCGCCCUGACGAUGGAUAUGCACCGACGAUACCUCAAAUAGAACAAGUUAGCGCAGAGAAAGGUGGUGCGUCUUUGAUUGCGGCCGGAUUUUUGAUGGAAGGUCGAUUAACACGAGCCAAAAUGGCAUAUCUGGAAUAUUUGGGCUUUGGUAUGCAAUUAGUGGACGAUCUACAGGACGUCGAGCUAGACAUGAAAAACAAUCAUCGAACAAUUUUUACUCAAUCAAUUGCCGAAGGACAAACACAUGUGAUCAUUUGCGAAAAAAAUGCAUUACAUACUGCUCAAUAUGCUGAAUUUAGUAUUUCAAGUUGUAAUUUUGGAACAAAUGAAGCAAUUCAUACUGGUAAACAUCUUGUGCCUUUCCUCAGUACUUAUAUGCCUAAUUUACAAAUAUUACGUCUUUGGAGACCAGAUGAUUUUCCUUGGACAUCGAUUCGACCGAACUUCAAAUAUGGAUACUAUUAUGGAGUUUCAAGAGGACAAUGGCAACGAACUCUGCAUACGCCUCAAUCUAUCAAUGAACAUGUAGUUGUCUUUGAACAAGAUCUUUCUCAAUUAUUUGAGCAAUUAAAACAACUUGCCUAUCUUGAUAUUCAUGGCGAUACGUCGUCUGAAAAAAUCGAACCUUAUCGUUUAAUGGUUCAAACUCGUUUUCCAAAUAGUCGAAUUGAUAUUCAGAUAUCAAGAUUUCGUCUUUGGAUGUAA